AAUCUUAAUGACUCGUGCAGUUGUGCACACUGUACGCAGUUUGAGGCCCCGACGUGAAUCCGCCUACAUACAUGAUAAAGAAAACCUUUCGAUCAGCUCGAAAACGAAUUCCACAGCAACAAAUUGUUGUUCAACGAAUAAUAAUAAACGCUGCUGCCGAUCUUCGUUCGACACGACCUACUUAAUUUGCCGUCGACAUCGAAGCUGGCAGUUAAAUUUUAAUCCGGUUGACGGUCGUACUGGUGGUGUUUUUAUAUUUAUCAUCAAACCGUUUUCGGAAGACAUAACGAAACCAUGACGUCCUCAAAGUACUGUUUGAAAACUCGCAAUAGAAUGAAACUUCCAAACGCCAAGAAGUUAGAUAACGAACAGGACCAUGAUCUGUUUUUGUCAAAGUUUACUUCGGCACUUUGUGGCGACAGUUUCAACAGACUCCCGUUGAACUCCACAUUAGGACGUCUGCCAUUAUCUGAAUUAGCCCAGGAACUCAAAACAGGGAAAUUGAUAUCAAAAUUUGAAGAUUUUGAUUAUUACACUGAUGGCGAAGAUGAAUCACCAUAUGUUUACACAUGUUCAUUUGUAUUGGCUAUAAUGUAUUUUGAACGACUUAAAGUAUCAAAUCCUAACUAUUUGAAAUCUAUUAACUCAUCAGAAUUAUUUCUGAUAUCUUUGUUAGUUGCAAGUAAAUAUCUCCAUGACGAUGGAGAACUUGAUUCCGCGAUAAAUAGUGAAUGGGCCGUAGCUUAUGGUAUCAGUCUUAAAACUAUCAAUCAAAUGGAAAAAGAUUAUUUAUCAGCCAUGAAUUGGGAAUUUUUUAUAAGUGAUGAAGAAUUUACAAAUAGACAUAAAGAAAUAGUUAAUCAACUAUACAGUGAUAUAGAGAAAUCCAACUCUGUACUGUUAAAGAUGUUCCUAUUGAUCUCAUCAGUUGUACAAAAAAUAAGAAAGUUGUACCGAAGGAAAAUUGUCCGCCAGAAAAUGAAACAUAUGAUCGCCAUGUCAACUGUUAUCACUGUGGUCACUGCAACUACUAUGCAACUUAACCAUGGAAAUCAAAAUUUGGUCCAAGAAUUGUAUGAACAAAUUGAGUCUAAUCCAGAUUACCCAACAAUUCCCUCCACCCAUAAAAAUGACAUAGUAAAACCUGAAAACGUAAAAGACAUAUCUAAAGGAUGGAAUUCGUCUAAAUUACUACAGUUAUUAGACCAUUUAUUACUAAUGAACACAUGUGUAUCUGAUGAUGAUCAUCAACUAUCAUUUCAAACAACCCUUAGUAAAUCAAACAAAAACCAAUUUAGGAAUAUUACACAUUUCAAAAGUAUUAUAUUUUUUAACUAUUUACAAACCAUAAACUAUACGUAUUGAAGUUAAGUCUUACUUACCUUUGUGGGUUCUAAUUUACUCAAAUAUAUUUUAACUAAUAUUUUAUGUUGUAUCAGUUUUUUUACAAAUGUUUUGUACCAAACUCAAUAACAAAAUGCAUAUUAGAAUAUAUCAUAAACAAUUUAUUGUUACAUAAUAACUUAUAAAAGCAUUACAAACAUUGUAUUUUAUUUAAAAUUUAUGUGAAUUUAUUUUUAAACAACAAAAGUUUACAAGAUAAAUAUCACAUAUUAUAUUUAUAAACAUUUUUUUUAUUAUUUUUAUUGAGUAUUAAGAUAAUCAUAUGGUUUAAAAUUAACUUUAUUUACAUAUUUGAUAUUUUGAUUAUUAAAUACUAAUUAACAAGAAUAAGUUUAUGUGCAAUUGAAUUUAUUAAAGUAUAAAAGGCUGAAUAAUAAAA